UACUUCGUGGUCGCGCGUACAAGGUUGACUUCGCGCACCGAAGUCGUUUGAACCGUUCACGCUGCGACGGUGAAUCGUGGGGAUUUCGGGGACGAGUGGCUCGCAGCAACCUCGAUUAAUUCGUCGCACACACGCACGGAGUGAGACCUCGCGCGGGCCGAAGACGUCACAAUCGAAGUGAUAUGAAGAAGGAAGGACCGUAACCGGGGAGGCCGUGAUUCGAAGAUAAGAGUAGCUUCCCGGGGAACACACAGGGAUAUAUCUGGCCAAAUGCCUUCAGCUACUGGCGGGACCAACCCAAUAGGGCAGCAGAAGGGCGGGGCGACUCUGCCCAGUAACGAAGAAUGCGGAAUCCGAGAUGUGUGGGGCCACAAUUUGGAGGAGGAAUUUCGCACAAUCCGCCAAGUCGUGCAGCAAUAUCAGUAUGUUGCGAUGGAUACGGAGUUCCCUGGUGUUGUAGCCAGGCCAAUCGGUGAAUUUAGGACUAACGCCGAUUACCAAUAUCAGCUCUUACGUUGCAAUGUAGAUCUUUUACGGAUAAUUCAACUUGGUCUUACAUUCCUUGACGAUUCGGGGAAUACACCGGGCGGCUACACGACCUGGCAGUUUAAUUUUAAAUUUAACUUACAUGAAGACAUGUAUGCACAGGAUAGUAUAGACAUGCUACAGAAUAGCGGCAUACAGUUCAAGAAGCACGAGGAGGAGGGCAUCGACCCCCUGGAAUUCGCCGAACUCUUGAUGACAUCGGGGAUCGUUCUUGUCGACGACGUGAAAUGGCUGUCCUUUCAUUCUGGUUACGAUUUCGGUUAUUUGUUGAAACUUCUCACGGAUCAAAAGCUGCCGCAGGAAGAAAGUGAAUUUUUCGAGCUCCUCAGGAUAUACUUCCCGAAGAUAUACGAUGUAAAAUACUUAAUGAAGUCGUGCAAGAAUUUGAAAGGUGGCUUGCAAGAAGUGGCGGAACAAUUGGAAAUUCAAAGAGUGGGCCCUCAGCAUCAGGCUGGUUCGGACGCUCUUCUCACUGGCAUGGUCUUUUUUAAGAUGCGAGAAAUGUUUUUCGAAGAUAAUAUCGAUGAUGCGAAAUAUUGCGGGCACUUGUACGGUUUAGGAACAUCAUUUGUUGUAAAUGGAUCCGCUGGUGGAUAUCUGGACGCAAAUGGAGAUAAUACCUCGACUGCGUAAUGUUAAAGGAAAAAAUCGUAAGAGAGAGAGAGAGAGAGAGAGAGAGAGAGAGUGAGAGAGAGAGUGAAGGGGGAGGGGAGAGAGAGAGAGAGAAAUUAUUUCACAUUAUAAAUAAAAUGUUAUAAAAAAAUCUUUUCACUUAGUGAUCAAGUGUAUGGUUCAUAUUCGCGAUAUUACAUUGACAUUAUUGCUGUAGUUUUUCACAUAACAUACAAUUUAGACACAUCUCUUUCAGAUCUACGCGUCCAUCUUUUUUUUCUUCUUUUUUAUUCUUUUGAAUCCGCAAUUUCUUUUGUAGAUUUCUUCUGUGAUACGUACUACCACGUCGAAAAUAUAUAUAUAUAUUUACAACGUCGAACAACAUUAAAGGAAAAAAAAAAAGAGAAAAAUGUAAUAUAGAUUUUGUUUGUAAACAUUUGGACAAUAUUGAUAUACAAGAUACCAUUGCAGUACAAAAAUCCCAUUUCCCUUACUUUUAAGAUCUUCGCUGUAUACAUAUGUCUAAAUAUGUAUACUUAUAUAUACAUAAAUAUGUAUGUAUAUAUAUCGUAUAUGUCUCUCGAACGAUGCAUACAAAAAAAAAGAAACUGCUUAAUACCGUGUAACCAAACCGAACGUAAUGUGAAAUCGAGUGCAUUGAUUAUUCCGGUUCGUCCGCGUUCGCACGGGAGAUUUGCCGCCCACCCCCCCUCUUGGUUCGUUCAUUCGCAAAAUGUAAAGUAAAUCGACUCACAAUUACGCGUGACUACCGUUAAUUACGUUAAUUGGGACAUUUCUUAAAUUUUAAAUAUUCCACGGUUCAGUUUAAUCGCAUCAAAUCGAAUUAAUGCAUUCGAUUGCACAUGCUGCAUUAUGUAGACGUGUCUAUCACUGUUGAUAUGUAUAUUUAUUCUAUGAUACAUUUAUAGCGCGAUACAUUUUAAGCGAGAGAAAUUCGUAUACAUUUUAGAAAAUCGAGAGGAAAGGAUGCAGUGUUUUUUUUUCCGUUUUUUUUCUUCUUUUAAGUUGGAAUCAUACGAACCAUCUCGAUAUAAGGAUCAUACAUUUUUAUUAUACAUAUAAAAGGAUUAUCGUGGCGUGGAUGAUGCAUUCGUGUAAAAAAAAAAGAAAUAUCAUAAGCGAUAUGAUUUUAAAUACGAGGUAUUCUUCUUAUAAUAUUUGCUAUAUAUACCGCACUCGUUUUAUUGUAAAACUCGUCCGCAAAGAAUAAAGAGAGAAGGAUUUUGGUACAUUUUCGAACUAAUCGUACUAGGAAUAUCUGCUUUGUAAAUAACGGACAGUUGCAAAAUUCGAAUAAAUAAUUUGCCUUUGAAAACA